UCUCUCUCUCUCUCUCUCUGUGUGUGUGUGUGUGUCUGUCUAAACCCUCAAACAAAUCAAGAUCAAUCACAGCCGUUCUCUCCCGGGGAUUUCAUGCUGGAGGUCCUCCUUUGAGCGGAGAAAUGGAUCGAGAAUCAUACAACGGAGAAGAAGACGAGCGAGGCAACUUCAUCAGUCCAAAUUCAACGAACCAGAUCCACCGCUCCACCUUCGAGAUCGGAAAAUUCAAAACCUGCUUCGUGCGGGACUUCACAUCCAACAAGAAAUACCUAUUCGCAAUCUGCAUUCCACUUCUCCUCAUUUUCAUCGUCUACUCCGUGGAUCUUCCCCAUAUUUUCCCUACCUUUUCAACUGUCCACGUCAAUUCUCAUGGCAGCAACCGGAUGCAGGAAUCAGAACUGCAAGCCCUCUACCUGUUAAGGAAUCAGCAAUUAGCGCUUUUCAAUCUUUGGAAUCGUACAUUGACCUAUUCAAAGUGCAAUUCUUCGAAUUCAAAUUUGAAUUCCUCUUUGGAUUCGAAUUCGACGCACCAAAUAGAUGAUUGUUCCCCGUCAAUUUCGUUUGAUGAUUUCAGAUCAGCGUUGCUUAAUCAGAUUAAGCUAAAUAAGGAGAUUCAACAGACUUUGCUGUCCGUUCACCAUGCAGGGAACACAUCAGAGUCAGUAGCGGAAAAUGUGGGCCCUGCAUUAGGCAGUUUCAGCCUGAACACAUGCCAGAAAGCUGAUCGAACGGUGGGAAGAACAAUCGAAUGGAAGCCAAAAGCCAACCGAUACCUGUUCACGAUUUGCUUGUCAGGUCAGAUGUCUAACCAUUUGAUAUGCUUACAGAAGCACAUGUUCUUCGCAGCUCUUCUCAACCGCAUACUAGUUUUCCCGAGCCCAAAAUUCGAUUACCAUUACAGUCACAUUAUAGACUUUAAUCAAAUAAACAAAUGCUUUGGAAGGAAGGUUGUCAUAUCCUUUGAAGAAUUUGUGGAAAUAAAGAAGAAUCACUUGCAUAUAGAUAGGUUUAUCUGUUACAUAGCAGUGCCUCCUUGUUUUGUGGACAACGAACAUGUCAAGAGGUUGAAGUCUUUGGGGCUUUCUAUGGGUAAAUUGGAAGCCGCUUGGCCUGAGGAUGCCAAGUCUGAGGAAGCAAAGAAGAGGGUCAUUGGAGAUAUAAUGCCGAAGUUUUCUUGCGAUGAUGAAGUUCUUGCAAUUGGGGAUAUGUUCUAUGCUAAUGUGGAGGAAGAAUGGGUGAUGCAGCCAGGUGGCCCACUUGCUCACAAAUGCCAAACUGUCAUCCAACCAAGUCAGCUUAUUGUCCUUACAGCCCAGCGGUUUGUACAGACUUUCUUGGGAGUGAACUAUAUAGCUUUGCACUUCCGACGACAUGGAUUUUUGAAGUUUUGCAAUGUGAAAAAGGAGAGCUGCUUUUUUCCGGUUCCUCAGGCAGCAGAGUGCAUUCUUCGAGUGGUGGAGAGGGCCAAUGCGCCAGUAAUUUAUCUGUCUACAGAUGCAGCUGAAAGUGAAACUGAUCUUCUACAGGCACUAACCAUGCGGAAUAGCAAGACCAUACCUCUAGUGAAAAGGCCAGGUCACAGCUCCUCGAAAUGGGAUGCAUUGCUGUACAGGAACCACAUCAGUGGGGAUGAUCAGGUUGAAGCCAUGCUGGAUAAGACGAUCUGCGCCAUGUCAAACGUGUUCAUUGGGUCAUCGGGCUCAACAUUCACUGAGGACAUAUUCAGGCUCCGGAAGGACUGGGGAUCAGCAUCGGUUUGUGAUGAGUAUAUGUGCCAAGGCGAGCAACCUGAUUUCAUAGCUGACACGGAAUGAAGAAGAGUGGUCAUGCUUUUGGUGUGCUUUCCUUCUUUUCACAUCAUCAAUUGCUAUGCUACAGAUGGUUGCCUGUAAUAUUUCAAUGUGCAGUUAGUAUAUGUAUAUCAUUCUGUUUUGAGUGA